AUGAUUUCAAGGAAUGGAGCAGGGAUGAUGCAGUCUAAUCAAAGAGUUUUGGGAAUUACAAAUGCCAGGCGGCCGUAUUCAUGCGCCGAAUGCAGCAAGAACUUCAAAACCAGGAGUGACUUAAUUUGGCAUGCUGAAGUUUGCUUGAUUGAAGCGUUUGAGAACGAAGCUCUUUCUGUUCUCUCAGAUGUUUCGGCUGUUCGACCUCGAUUGGGCAUGGGGGUCAUGAAGAAUGUCGCUCCUGUGGGAAUCACCGUCAAGAGUUUUGAUCCUCAGCCAAGACAACAAUGGAUUAAAAUGAAAGUGGGGAGUAAUAGUGACAGGCCUAAUCUUGUUCCUGUCACCAAUGACAUAAAACCAAAUGAGUUUGAUAGGGAAAUUACUUAUUCUGAACCUCAAACUAUCGAGGGUCCUGGUGGCAUCCAGUUGAUGGUGACAGUAGAGAAAGAAAAAGAUAACGAUCCUGGUCCACCUGUGUUAGAUCCAGAAGUGACCGAAGUCCAAUUAGAGCAAACAGAGACCGAAGAAGAAGCUAAUCCGGAUGAGCUAGAAGAUUACACUCCUCUGACCCCUGCCUUCACUGGUAUGCAUCAAAACCCCCCGCAGGUUAUUGGUGCACUUGCGAACGCUAAUGAUGAUCCAUAUAAGCCGAAAAUGGAAUGCCCUACAUGUGGUCUAAUCCUGUAUCGACACAAUUUCGCAACUCACUAUAGAAUUCACACGGGAGAGCUACCAUUCGCUUGUGCAUAUUGCCCAAAAAGAUUCAGAACGACAUCAUCCCUCAAAGUACACACGAGAGCUCAUACAGGAGAAAAGCCUUAUAAUUGCCCCACCUGUUCGUAUGCAACAAUUACUAAACGAAACCUUGACAGACAUGUCUAUCACCACCAUGUGAAGACGCCUAUAAUCAAAGGUCCUGUAACAAGAAGAAGUAGGUACAGGGAAACAGAAGAAAUGGAUUGGAUUGAUAUCAGUCAAACCAACUAUGCCAAGGAUGAUCAUCAUUAUCAAGACCCUCAGCCAAUGGAAGAAGCAAGUCUAUUAUGCUAG